AUGUAUGAGAAGCUAAGUGAGGGAGCCAAAAUAAAUGAUAAAAUCAUUGACAGCACAGCCAAUGUAGUAGUUGCUAAUGGAGAAUCCUAUCUCAUUGUGUAUUUGAGGUGGCUACCAUAUGCCUCAGAAAGAGAAUGUACAAUAAAUAAAGUGUGGAUAUUAACAGUUCAGAUAGAGCUCACUUCAAUGGUGUUUCAAAGAACUUGGGAUACAGACAUAGUCCAUGGUGUUCUGUCCUUCUCUGUUCACUCCAGUGAUCUGCCAGGAUUCAAGACAUUUAUUGAAAGCAAAAGCCCAUCAAGCACAACAGGAGAUGGCUUUAUCAGGGAUUUCUGGCAGCAGGCCUUUGGCUGUGUAUUCCUAAGUGUAGAUGGGGACAAGGUGAAUGGAGAUAUUUGCACAGGAAAAGAGAAGUUGGAAAGCCUUCCUGGGACAUUUUUUGAAAUGAGCUUGACUAGCCACAGCUACAGCAUCUACAAUGCUGUUUAUGCUGUGGCACAUGCUUUACACUCCAUGUCUUCAUCUCGACUGAAUCAUCACUCAUUGCCUCUCCUAAGCUCCUUUUCUUUUUCAACUCAGCUCCAUCACUUUCUGAAAAUUGUCUCCUUUAACAACAGUGCUGGAGACAAGAUCUCCUUUGACCAGAAUGGGGAGCUAGUGACUGGAUUUGAUAUUAUUAACUGGAUUAUUUCCUCAAACCAAUCCUUUCAUAGAGUGAAAGUUGGGAGAAUGGAUUCCCAUGGUUCUCCAGACCAAGUGUUCACCAUCAACAAGGAUGCCAUCACAUGGCACAAAUGGUUUAAUCAGGCCCAGCCUCUUUCUGUAUGUUCUGAGAGUUGCUAUCCAGGUUCCAGCAAGAAAGUGAAGGAGGGAAAACCGUUUUGCUGCUAUGAUUGCAUCCCAUGUCCAGAAGGAAAGAUUUCAGACCAGAAGGACAUGAAUGCCUGUUCUACAUGCACAGCAAAAACCUAUCCAAGCAAAACCAGGGAUUUCUGUCUUCCCAAGUUCAUUUCCUUUCUAUCGUAUAAAGAACCACUGGGCAUCAGUUUAGCCUUCUUUGCUCUUUUCUUUUGUCAGAUCACAAUCUUGGUGCUGGGAAUAUUUCUGAAGCACCACAACACUCCCAUUGUCAAGGCCAACAACCGGAACCUUGCCUAUACUCUCCUUAUCUCAAUCCUGCUCUGCUUCCUUUCUGCAUUGCUAUUCAUUGGACAUCCUAAGCAGGUGUUGUGUCUCCUCCGACAAACCACUUUUGGCAUGAUCUUCUCUGUGGCUGUUUCUUGUGUGUUGGCAAAAACCACUACUGUGGUUCUUGCUUUCAUGGCUACCAAACCAGGCUCCAGGAUGAGGAAGUGGGUGGGGAGAAGACUUGCCAAUGCUGUUGUUCUUUCCUGCUCCCUUAUUCAAGCAGGCAUUUGUACUGUAUGGCUGAUCACCUCACCCCCAUUUUCCGAUGUUGACAUGCACUCAGUUACUGAAGAAAUUAUAUUAGAAUGCAAUGAGGGUUCUAUGACUAUGUUUUACUGUGUUUUGGGUUAUAUCAGUUUCCUGGCCAUAAUCAGCUUUGUUGUGGCGUUCUUUGCCAGGAAAUUGCCCAAUAGUUUCAAUGAAGCCAAAUUCAUUACUUUCAGCAUGUUGGUAUUUUGUAGUGUUUGGCUCUCCUUUAUUCCAUCCUACCUGAGUUCAAAGGGGAAAUAUAUGGUAGCUGUGGAAAUCUUUUCUAUCUUAGCCUCUGGUGCUGGACUCCUAGGUUGUAUCUUUCUCCCCAAAUGUUAUAUCAUUGUGCUGAGGCCUGAGCUGAACAACAGGGAACAGCUAAUAAAAAGGAAGGUCUGA